CUGUUCCGAGCUCUCUACAACAACAAAAGGACCGGAGGCGGCGGCUCGGCAGCUACGGCCACAGUGGGAGCAGUGGCGGCGCUGGAAGUGAGGAGCAGGACUCGAAGCCCAACGCCGCUCGCUCCCCCCACCGUGCCCGCCAGGCCCUUCGCAGCUACCUCAGCCGCCCGGGGGCGUUCGGAACCGUGCCCCCUCCCCCCCAGCUCCUCCGUCCCGGGCUGCAGUUUCCCAGGCCAGCCUGAGGAUAAUGAUUCUUCGUACCUUAUUUAAAUAAGAAUUUAUGCACUUUAAUUUCCUGUCUGUGCCAUUGGGCUAAUUGAAGACAGUGUUUUGAAAUCGCAGCUCCAAAACCAGCCAAAGUCUCAUUCUUGCCUUAACAACAAUGUUCCAGAGGUUGAAUAGUAUGUUUCUGGGUGAAAUCAAGAACUCUUCUAGCAAAGAACCAGAAUUUAGUGAAAAAGAAGAUGAUGAAUGGAUUCUUGUUGACUUUAUAGACACUAAUUUUUCAACAGAAGUAGAAGAGGAAGAUGUGAGUGAAGAAUUGCCUACUGAUCAUCCUCCAGUUUUUUCCUGUUUACCAGCUUCCCUGGAAUGUUUAGCUGAUACUAGUGAAUCUUGCUUCGUCCAGUUUGAGGCCUGUCCAAUGGAGGAGAGUUGGUUUAUUACCCCUCCCCCAUGCUUUACUGCAGGUGGAUUAACCACUAUCAAGGUGGAAACCAGUCCUUUGGAAAACCUUCUAAUUGAACAUCCCAGCAUGUCUGUUUAUAAUUCCUCCAGAAAUCUUAAUGAGGGUAGCUGUGAGACUGAUGAAUUUCAUAAUCCAAGCAAUCCUAGAAUGGAAGUACCUAAUGAAGUGGGGCAACAUGUUCACUGCUAUGUUGCAGCUCUUGCUUCUCAUCCAACUUUCCUUGAACAAACCAAGAGCUUUCGUCCGACCCAGUGGAUAAAAGAACAUGGUGAAAGACAUCUGAACAGAAAUAACCUCCGACGCCAAAAUCUUACCAGGGAUUGCCAUUCUCGGCAAAUCAAGCACAAUGGGUGGGUUGUUCACCAGCCUUGCCAGCGUCAGUACAAUUACUGAGAAUUCCAAGUCUUAAAUCAUAUCAAUUUGUUGGUAUAUUGCUCUUGGUUUUAUGUGUGAGAGUGUGUGUGAGUGUGAUGUGCGCACAUACACUAAAAUAACAAAGGUGUGUAUUUGCAGCUUGACUGAUGAUCAAUCAUUUAAAUAGAAUUAUUUCUCUAGAUAAUUGUUUUAUAAAAAUUUACAUUCUGUGUAUCACACAAUGCCUUGCUCUUAAGAGUUAACUUUUUUCUAAACAUUUUCAGAAUGUUUUAGAAAUAUCAGCACGAUUGCAGUAUUUAGUAUUUUGGGAAUGUCUUUGACAUCACAAGUGAGUUAGUUGGCAUUUUAAAGAAAUUUCUUACUGAGUGAUGGAAUAGUAAGAUUUCAGCUGAAUUUCUUUUUCUUUUUUGUAUUACUUAAUCAAAAGUUUGAGUAAACAAAAUUUCUCAGGGUCAGUCAUACACUUUAAUGACCAGUACUUGAUAAUCUUUUCUGUAUAUAAUGAGUACAUUUUUUACACACUAACAAGCAUCAAAAGGCAAUGGUUGCCAUGGACAUAAUGGAAUCAUGGCUGAACUUUCUAUUGAAAGAGAACUUGAUUAUUUUACUAUUUCCUCAUCAGUCAUACAGUUAAUUUUGAUAUGUCAGGUACAUUUAGUUGGUAGAUAGGAGUUAGCUAUCUUUCUGAUUAUUAUAGUGAUGUGGUACACAUUACAGGUUAUUGUGGGACAGAAAUAACCUGUUUCAUUUAGUAAAAUUAAAAGCAGAUCUGUGGUUUAUACUUAGAAGUGUUCAUUUAUGUAAAGAUGCUCAUUUGUUCCAGUGUUUUGAUUACUUAGAGCUUUUUCUAUUGAUUAGUUGCAGAAUUAGAAAAAUAGCCAUUAUUAUUAUGUAGAAAUUAAUACAGCCUUUUCGCUUUUACACAGUGAGAAGUGCAAGUCUUUAUUUCCAACCUAGAACCAGGUUAUUAAAUCCUGCUUUUCCACCAUUAAGCCUGUGCUGAUAUGUGGUAUGCAUGGAUUGACCCCUGACAAGCACUGCUUCUAGACUAAGAUUGUCUUGAAUGAAGAUUAGAGGCUGGGGUUUUCUUGAUUUUUUCGGUUCUUGCUCUAUGGGCUAAUUUUUCUGUUUCAGGCAAAAUCUUGAACUAUUCUAUCCUCUUUUCCUCAAUAGGGGAAUAAAAAUACCUACCUCACAGGGGUGUUGUGAGGAUUACAAAUAAAUUUGAAGUGGAAUUAGGCGAUUUCUAGAACUGGACCUUCCAUGUAAUUUUAAGGGGCUGCUCUCUAUACUGAAUCAGUUGUUAUUUGGCCAUAUCUUUGCCAGGGCUUGGUGUAGGUAGUUAAAGAGAGCAUGGUGCUAAUGAAGCCAAGCUCUGGUUUAAUUUUUUCUCUCCAGCAUAAAUAAUUAGCUUCAUAAAAGGAAAAAAGAAACCCAACCAUGACAGACUUACCAUUAAUCUGUAACCAACCACUUUACUUUCUUAGUAUUUAGUGAGGGUUUUUACUGAGCUAUCCACACUACGAAUUCUCAGUUCCCUGUAUGACCAGGGACACAUAAUUAGAACUCAAAGUCCAUUUCUGCUAGCAAUAGAAGAAUAUCAUUAUUAUCAGAGUCCUUUUUACAAAUAUAGUCCAGCCCUGACUAAAUAGUAAAUGCAUGUUAAGAUGCUUUCAAAAAUAAAAGCAUUAUAAUCAUGCAGAGUAUUAUUUUAAAUGGCUCUGUGUGGACUUCAGAUGCCAGGAACUAUGGGAACCUCUGCUCCCCCUUUAUGUGUGAAAAGCAUGGGAUGAUUGUAAUUCAAAGAAGUUAAAUGGUUAGUGUGUUUAGAUGCUUAAAAGAGUUCUUCCAGUAGCACUAAAAAAAGUGUCAUUUUUCAAAACAGGGGAUUUAAGUCCACUUUUCAUGGCUUUCCCCAUUAUUUAUUUUUUUCCUGAUUAGGGGCCAAGUCCACAAAGCUCUGUCAAAUUGGGCUAGUAUUUUGUUAAACUGUUUACAUGGGAGGAGAAUGACUUAGAAACUGUUUGCUAAUAGGGCAGUUACAGUUGGAAAACUUGAAAAUAAGGCUAAAUGAUUUCUUUUGUAAAGCUUCUGAGUAUUGAGAAGAAAGGUUCUUUUACAUGGGUUACAUGAAGUACUGAUACCUUGAGCUAUAGAUGACAUUCAGUUGUGAAAAUCUGCUAUGGCCACAUGAACAGAUUUGUGUAUAAAAUUACUGUAUGCUUUCUCCUCUUUUUUUUUUUUUUUUUGGUGGGGCAAUGGGGGUUAAGUGACUUGCCCAGGGUCACACAGCUAGUAAGUGUCAAGUGUCUGAGGCUGGAUUUGAACUCAGGUACUCGACUCCAGGGCCAGUGCUCUAUCUACUGCGCCACCUAGCUGCCCUGCCCCCACCCCCCCUUCUCGAGGGCUUCUAAUUCAUUCACCUUUAUAUUAGCUACUGACCCUUUGUUUGCCUAUCAGUUUAAUUUUGUAGGCUUAAAAUUAUUUUUUAAAAAAACUGUUUGAAUUUUAUUGGGUGAUUGUUACCCAGAUGUAGUCUGUAUUAUAAGCAUGCUAUGAUAUUUAUGUUGGCAUCAAAAUUUCCCCUCCUAAAAUUGAAGUUCCUCAAGGUGCAGGGCCAGUAGCUGAGUUGGAAAUGUGAAUCUGAUAUAUUUUUUGAAACAUGGCCAAAGAGAUUAGAUUUUAAAGUUUAUUAAUAAAUGCUAGUGAUCUAAAAUCACUUAUUUAGCCUGUACUAUAUGAGAUUCAUAUAAGGAGAAAUGUGCCCCCUUUAAAGUUUCUUAAAAGGCUUUUUUCACUGUCUGCAGUUUGUAUUAAUAACAUUUAUAUAAAGACAUUACAUUGUGCUUCAAAUAGCCUUAUUACUGUGCUAUAAAUUGCAAAUUAACUAUCCAUGAUUUAUCUUCCAUAUGAAUGCAUUUAUAAUUUCAUUUUGUUUUAUUUGUUUGAUGUUUUCAAAGUUGGCUCAAAGUAGUUCAAUUAUAAAAUUUCCUGUUGUGGGGAAUUUUUGUUACUGUCCUUCACUCGAUUUAUAUUCAUGCCCUGGUUUAUGUUAAGCUUUGAUGUCAUCAAUUUGAUUCUGUCCCAGUCUUCUAGUGGGAGAACAGUAAAUUUGCCAUUAAAGCUUUUUGACAUUUACUUAUUUUAUGCUUUCAAAUUGGAAUCACACUUUUUUAAAAGUCCUUUUUAUUUUCUUAAAAGGAAAAGAGCCAGGAAAAGUAUAGCCCAAAGCCUGAUUUUCUUUUGAGUUGGAAAAGACAAAUCGAAGGAAGAUUAAAUCUGUCCACCUCAAAUUAGACCCCAUAAAUUGUUAGUGGGAUUGAAUAAUGAAGUGAAAAGAACUUUUCACUUAGGGAUUUUAUUUUUGCUGUAGACAGUUUGAGACUGCUCCUUGCACAGGGAGAUACUACUCUAUUGGGUAUUUUUUGUUUGUUUUGGUAAUGUUAUUGCAGUUUUUAAGGCCUGUUCUUAAUAAUUCUUGUAGAACUGGUCACCAGAAUUGAAGGUCUUUUGUUAGCAGUCAACUUAGGUAAGGUGAUUUCAUCCCUUUCCAUAUGUAUGUUUAAAAAUGUUAUUUAAAAUUUUAUAUUUAGAAAAUUUUUUUGUGAUGGUGAGCCUUGUCAUAUACCACAGUUUUUCUUAAAACUAUCCAAGUUUAAGCAGUUUGAAAACUCGGAAAGUUAUACACCUAGGAGGACAUCUCUCUUUUAAUGUCUUUAUUUUGGGAAAAGAAGUUACUUUCAGAAAAGGCAGCUUCAGUGUGAGAUACUAUAUAUGGUUGCAUAUCAUUGGGGUUUCUCUUAAUAUAUAUGUUGUGUUGUUUUGUUUUGGGUUUAAAUCUGAAUGUUUCGCUCCAUAUAACAAUGUUCUGUAUUUUGUCUGGAAUAUUAAGGGAUUUUUAUUUUCUAACUGGAUGGCUGUUUACAAACCAAGGCACUAGAAGGGGAGGUUGGGCUUUCAGGUUUGGUGUGUGUGUGUGAAGGGUCUCUGCUGAUGUUAUCUUUAUGUGUUUUAUUUAAAGUAAAAAGUGGCGUUGGUUUUGUUUUAGAAAUGUUGUGAACACAUUGAUUUUUUUUCCCCCCCAAGACAAUACAUUUUGUAACUAGGUUAAAUAGUAUUGUCAAAUAGACUAUGUGCCUUGUAAAUGUGUUUCUAUACACAAAAUCUGAACAACUUGAAAGACUCAAGGACAUUCAGUUAGAAGAAAUACUGUACAUCAAUCUAUGCAUAAAAGGCAGCUUAUUUCUUGAGCCACUCACUGUCUAGUUUCUGUUUUUGUAGAAAAUUUGAUAUUGAUUGGUUCACAGAUGAAUGGUUGGUUUUACAAAACAGACUGAAUAAUACAAUACAGCACUUUGCCAAAAACAAAAAAAAAAAACACAAAACAACAAAACAACAAAAAACAAGUGUAGCAUUGCUUAAACGUGUACUAAUACCAGUUUUUGUAUUGAGGGGGAGGGUUUCUAUGGUGUAUUUUGCACUUCUUGAAAGUGUAUGGUCUUUACCUGUCGGCAAAUAAAAUUUUGCUUCAAAAUUUA